ACCUGAGGGCUCGGCGUUUCCGGGGCCGCCGCGUGGAGCUCUUCGGCUUGGAAGCUGUCGCCAUGGCGGUCUUUGCAGGCCCGGCUAAGCCGUUCCUGUCGCUGAACCCGCAGGAGGAGGCCAAGUUUCAGAAGGAGGUGGCGCAGUCUCGCCGGCGCGCAACCCAGCGAAAGGAGAAAGAGAAACUUACUCCUGGAGUAAUCUAUGUGGGCCACUUACCUCCAGCACUUUACGAAACCCAGAUCCGAGCAUAUUUCUCCCAGUUUGGCACUGUUACGAGAUUCAGACUGUCCAGAAGUAAACGGACUGGAAAUAGUAAAGGCUACGCGUUUGUGGAGUUUGCGUCUGAAGAUGUUGCCAAAAUAGUUGGUGAAACAAUGAACAACUACCUUUUUGGUGAAAGACUCUUGAAGUGUCAUUUUAUACCACCUGAAAAGGUACACGAAGAACUUUUCAGAGAGUGGCAUAUUCCAUUUAAAAAGCCAUCCUAUCCAGCAGUGAAACGGUAUAAUCAGAAUCGGACACUUCUUCAAAAGCUACAGAUGGAGGAGCGAUUUAAAAAGAAAGAAAAGUUACUCAGGAAGAGAUUAGCCAAAAAAGGAAUUGAUUAUGAUUUUCCUCCACUGGUUUUAUGUAAAAAGAAAAAAAGAAGUGUUUCAGACGCUGGUCUUCAGAAAUCUACAAAUAGCCAGGUCUUAUCAAAGAAGAAGAAGAAAAAAGCUCCGUGCACUCCUGGCACCCCUGAGCAGACUGUAGAUAGCCAGGGCCCCACACCAGUUUGCACACCAACAUUUUUGGAGAAGCGAAAAUCGGAAGUGGCUAAAAUGAAUGUUGACGAUAAAGAUAACGAAAUAGUUUUCAAACAGCCUGUACCUGGUGUAAAAGAAGAAACACAGCAGACUCAAACACCUACACGCUCAAGGAAAAAAAGACGAAGAAAAGGCAAUCAGUGAUUCUAAAUGUAUUAUAUUUCUUCUGAAAAAUGUGAUUUUAUUGUGAGGGCCAAUUCUUUGUAUUUAACUACGUGCAGUGAAAUGCAACCAUUGACAGGGUUCUUGGAGGACAAACUGUCAGUAAGGAAAGCGGUCAGUAACCGGCUUACCUGCCCUUGCUGGCAUUUCAGCGUGCAGUAGCUGGGCUCACGCUGCCUCUUCGUCCUGGUCUCUAGUUUUCUUUGCACAUUUCAUAGCUGUCUUUAGUUUCUCUUCCUGGAUAGAAAAGUCCCCACUUCCUGCAGCUU